AAUAAAAGUAUAGUUCAUUAGUAGUCAAACUAAAAAUAAUAACCAAUAAGUGUUGUUAGUAGAGUUUAAAAUUUAAAUUUAAAUACUGGAGGUUAGUAUACAGGAGAUUAGAUUGAUAAUAAAAAGCAUGGUCAUGGUAAAUUAUUGAAUCCUGAUGGAUCUGGAUAUGAAGGAGAAUGGUAUUAAGAUUUGAUGCAUGGAAAAGGAGAAUUAUUUUUAGCAGAUGGAAGAAUAUUAUAUAAAGGAUAAUUUUAAAAUGGGAAAUAUCAUAACUUUGGACAUUUGAUUAAUCCUAAUCCAAAUAUCACACAAAAUUACAAUUUUAGAGAUUUGAGAAAUAUUGGCAAUUAUUGGUCUAAAUAUGAAGGUGAUUUUAAAUCAGAUAAAAAACACGGUUAUGGUAUAUUAUAUUUCU